AUGGUCUCAUUGCUGCUUUUAUUCUCCUCCAUGCCCAUUUGUCAAGCAAAGCUAGGUUUGGGUGAACCAAAAGUGAGCUGCAUUGAAUUCUACUUACACGACCUCCUUGUCGCAGAGAAGCCUACGGCAGUGAUCGUGGCCGAAGCCAACACGGCAAAAGCCUCGCCCACUCUCUUUGGCGAGGUUGUCGUUGUAGACGACCCCUUGACUAAAGGGCCGGAGCUCACAUCCAAGGUUAUUGGUAAGGCGCAAGGCCUGUAUGCUUACUCAUCCCAAAGUGAGCUCAGUUUGAUCGAGGGCAUGAAUUUUGUAUUCACAGAUGGCAAGUUCAAUGGUAGCACUCUCACUGUGAUGGGGAGGAACCCAGUUCUGCAUAAGGUGAGGGAGUUGUCGAUUAAUGGAGGUAGUGGAGUUUUCCGCCUGGCUCGUGGCUACAUUCUUAAACAAACCUACUCCGUGGAUUUAACAACUCAGAAUGCUGUAGUCCACUACAAUGUAACCGUUCUCCACUACAGAGGAAUUCUCAUUUCUAUCUCAUUUUUGAAUGAUUCUAUGCGAAGAAAAUUUCCUUGUGUUGUUUUAACAUGA